AUGUUCUCGAGAACAGUGUUAUCGUCGUGCAAACGCGCACCCCAAGCACAUGAGGUCGCGCAAGUAGAUGCUGCACUGUCAAAGAAGACUGCACGGCCCAAGGUACACACUGGAAUUAUUCUGAACCGGUCCCCCAUAAUAACCCGAACACCAACGGCCUUCGAGAAAGCUUACUACGCAUACCAAACCCGCAUCCACCGCGCGCUGCACAACCCAUUUCCUUACGAUUUUUAUUUUAAACAGGGUUCACCUCUAGAGUCGCGAUUCAACAUAGAAGAGCGAAGACGCGAGCGCAAGGCCGAGGCUGAAAAGCUUGCCGAGGCUACUAUGCGUGACGAAGAAGAGGCCAUGCCGCGUGUCCAUGAAGCCGACAUUAACUCGGACUUCAAAAACUUGAAUAGACGCGGUCAGCGAAACCUAUAUCUAUUGCUACAAAAGCAGGAGAAUGGGACGGCCGUUUGGAAGUUCCCUCAGGGCAUUGUGGACAGGGGAGAGCUUUUGCACCAUGCGGCGACCCGUGGACUUGAGGUCGAGUGUGGAAACAACAUGGAUACUUGGAUAGUCAGUCGCAAUCCAAUAGGCGUCUUCCACCCUCCAUCACCAGCCAGUACAGGUGGCGCUGAGGAGGAUGUGGUCUUCUUCUAUAAAGCACAUAUCAUGGCUGGUCAAGUCCGCCCAAACCGAACGCAUACACAAGACUUCGCUUGGUUAACCAAGGGUGAGAUCAAGACCCGGGUGGAUGAGGACUACUGGUUAGGCAUCAAAGAUAUAUUGUCGGAUUUUUAA